AUGGGCGUUCGCGGCGGCGUGAAUCGCAUGCUUUUGGAGGCGCUCAUGUUUGAACGCAGCCCCGUUAUCUUCGACUCGCUGGCCCAGUUCGCGCGGCACAGCGGCAAGUGUGUCGUCGUCAAGUACGGCGGCCACGCCAUGAGCGAUGAGCGCGCGGCCGAGUGUUUCGCCGAGGACAUCGUCUUGAUGCAGAAGCUUGGCCUGCGCCCCGUCGUCGUCCACGGCGGCGGCCCGCAGAUCGGGAACAUGUUGAAACAGUUAAACACGACGUCGACGUUCAUCGACGGCCUGCGCGUGACCGACGCGGCGACGGUCAAGAUCUCGGAGAUGGUGCUCUGCGGGAGCAUCAACAAGCAGAUCUCCGCGGCGAUCAGCCGUCUCGGGGGCCGCGCGGUCGGCUUGUCGGGCAAAGACGAUAACUUGAUCGUCGCGGAGAAGCUCGUCAAGGAGCGCAUCGGCGAGGACGGCCACACGGAGAUCGUCGAUCUUGGGUUUGUCGGCGAGCCGACGUCGGUGAACUCAAAAUUGCUGCAAAGCUUGUUGGACAAUGGCAUAAUCCCGGUCAUCGCUCCGAUCGCCACCGGCGCGGGCGGCGCGACGUACUCCGUCAACGCGGACACGGCGGCCGGGGCCGUCGCCGAGGCGUUGAAAGCAUCGCGCCUCCUGCUCUUGACGGACGUCACGGGCGUCCUCGACGAGAACAUGAAGCUGAUCAGCUCGAUCACGCCGACGUCCGCGAACGAGCUCAUCAAAUCCGGGGUCAUCAAGGGCGGCAUGAUCCCCAAGGUGCAGACGGCGCUCCAGGCCGUCGAAGGCGGCGUCGAAGGCGCCGCCAUCGUCGACGGCCGCGUGGACCACUCGGUCCUCAAGGAGCUCUUCUCCGUCUCCGGCGCGGGCACGCUCGUCACGUGUGACGAGGCCGAGUUCUGCUAG